UCCCGCCAUUAAUGACUCUUUCGCCCGACUUUUCCAUUGUCUCUAUCUUGGUCUCAAUUGAUUUUGAAUAGUGCCAAAGCCGAAAAGAUUAGUCAAAGUGUCAAACAAAAGCUCGUCCCCUCUUUCUAUCAUCAGCUUCUUCAUCGAAACCUCUGAAAAGCAGCCAUUUACUCCUCUAAUCCCUUCUCUUAAAGAUAAAGAUCAAAUCAUAAUCAGGGCUGAGCUGAGCUGGGUUGUUCUUGUUCUCUGAGGAAGAGAAAAGAGCAAAAAAUUAAGUUUGGUGAAGAAGAUAGUGAGUAAAGCCUGGUCUUUUCUGAUGGGUAUUUGCUUGAGUGCCAGAAUCAAAGCUGAAAGUCCUCCUAAUACAGGGCUAAGCUCGAAAUAUGUUAGCGCAGAAGGGAGUGAUUCGAAAAAUUCAAGUAGCAGUUCUGUGCUACCAACUCCCAGGAGUGAGGGGGAGAUCUUGCAGUCCCCCAAUCUGAAACGCUUUACGUUUGCUGAUCUAAGAAUGGCCACCAGGAACUUCCGUCCCGAUAGUGUGCUGGGAGAAGGUGGAUUCGGGUCGGUUUAUAAGGGCUGGCUUGAUGAGAACUCGCUAGCUGCAUCUAGGCCUGGUACUGGCAUAGUAGUUGCGGUAAAGCGGUUAAACCAAGAAGGUUUUCAGGGGCACAGAGAAUGGCUGGCAGAAGUGAACUAUUUGGGGCAGUUUUGUCAUCCGAAUCUUGUGAAACUGAUUGGGUAUUGUUUAGAGGAUGAACAUCGUCUUUUGGUGUAUGAGUUUAUGCCCAAGGGUAGUUUGGAGAACCAUUUGUUCAGGAGGGGCUCGUAUUUCCAACCUCUCUCUUGGUAUCUGCGUUUGAAAGUUGCUCUUGGAGCUGCUAAAGGGCUUGCUUUUCUUCACUCUGCUGAAACGCAAGUCAUAUAUCGAGAUUUUAAAACGUCUAAUAUUUUGCUUGAUUCGAAUUUCAAUGGCAAGCUCUCUGACUUUGGCUUGGCCAAGGAUGGACCGACGGGUGAUAAAAGUCACGUCUCCACUAGGGUCAUGGGAACCUAUGGAUAUGCUGCUCCCGAGUAUUUAGCCACUGGUCAUUUGACUGCCAAGAGCGAUGUCUAUAGCUUUGGAGUUGUCCUCCUCGAAGUGUUGUCGGGCCGUAGAGCAAUUGACAAGAAUAGACCAUCUGGGGAACACAAUCUGGUAGAAUGGGCGAAACCGUACAUGGCUAACAAGCGCAGAGUGUUCCGCAUUCUGGACAAUCGCCUCGAAGGUCAGUAUACCCUCGAGGUUGCGCAAAAAGUAGCUAAUCUUGCCGCGAGGUGUCUUUCUGGGGAUCCCAAGUUUAGGCCAUCCAUGGAUGAUGUAGUCAAAGAACUGGAACAGCUUAAGGCGCAGUCUAAAGGUAAAGGAAGCGCACAGGCCAAUACAAGCAAGGCUUCUAGACCUCGAAGACGAAAUGCUGGAGAAGCAAAUGCUUCAGAUGCCUAUCCGAGGCCAUCUGGAUCCCCACUCUAUGCCAAAUAAAGAUUGCGGGUUUGAAAGAUUUCACUCGCUUAAAGCUUAAAAGUGCGAUUUGUGAAGACCACUUUUGACAAGAGUAUACGAACGAUCGGCUUAACUGUACAGUUACUUUUGGCUGAUAUCUUGACAUUCAUCGCUCCGAAACCAGGGCAAGAAUGAUGUGCAGUGACCAAGGAAUGCUCACCCUGCGUUUUAGCUGGAGUGUAACACAGGUUCUAGGUACCCAAGUCUGGUUGCAUAUUUCUUCCUCGUUUACUCUCAAUUAUUGUUGUUUGUGUGUUGAAUGGUUUUGUCCAAAUUGGGAAGUUUGUUCUUAGCUUUUUUUUUUCUUUUUUUUUUUUUUUUUUUUGUUUUGUAAUAUGUUUGUUCUUUUUCUUGGAAAGUUGGGUUGUCCUCUCUUGACUUCAAAUUUGACAGCACAGCACUCAAAGGCACAUGUCUUUUGAAUGUGAAUGAUGAUAAGGGGAAAUGGCCCAAAAGGAAAGUUGAUGUUGAAACUUCUUUUCUAGUGAUUCAUGGAAGGAAAUGUCAAUGCAUGAAGUAAAAUGUAAUACAAAUAAACAUUUGUCAA